UGGGAACCAGGUUAGCGCUUCACAGAAAGUGUGGCAGUCGACAGCGCAGAGGCUCAGCGUUGCAGCUCAUGCGCGGUGUGACCUCUGCAGUAUAGAGCCAACCAUCUCUAACGAUUCCUCUACGAUAUUUAAUGAUGUUGAUUUCCAUGACUGGAAAAAUAACUUGGUUAUAAGGAAACACUUGUACGUUUGUAGACGCAGUUCAGUAGUUCAGAGGGCUGACAGGAGUACUGUUCACUUCGACUCGGUGCGACCAUCCAGGUUGAUGGUAAACGAUGGCGCUAAAAGCAAGAGCACUAUACGACUUUAAUUCGGAAAACCCCGGAGAGAUAUCCGUGAAGGAGAACGAGAUUGUGACUCUGUAUAGCGAACAGGACAUCGAAGGCUGGUUUGAGGGUGCCAACAGCAAAGGGGAUAAGGGAUUAUUCCCUGCGUCCUACGUGGAGAUAGUAAAGAACGACACCGCGUCCGCCGCUGUCGUCAACAACAACAACAGCAGCACAUCUGGGCAUGCUCCCCAGGGCUCUCGGUACGCCAAUGUAUCCACCGGAGGCUUCGAUGCCUCAUAUCAACCUCCGAAUAAAGUUGAGAGCUCUUCAUCUCCGGGAUACCCCGGGUUCUCACCCCCGGGUCAAGCAUCACAGCAUAACGUCUAUCCCGACACCAGCCAAGGCAGUGAGGAUGAUUGGUACGAUGACUGGGAUGACAGCUCCACGGUGGCCGAUGAACCACCGGUCGGAGUCCCUCGGGAUUUUGACGUACCUUCGAAAUACAGGGUGUCCUCGGUGCCGAGAGGCGGUGCACAGCAGGCGAAAAGUUCCGCCACCGUCGGUAAGAAUUUGAACAGGUUCUCCACCUUUGUGAAGUCAGGAGGCGAAGCGUUUGUGCUGGGGGAAGCGGCGGGCGAUGUGAAAGACUGGGACAGACUCUGCGUGGUGAUGGGUCAGUAUGGCCCGCAGUGGCAGGAUAACCCCUACCCGUUUGCCUGUACCAUCGAUGACCCCACUAAGCAGACCAAGUUUAAAGGUAUGAAAAGCUACAUAUCUUACAAGCUGACACCAACGCACACUCAAACCCAGGUGAACAGAAGGUAUAAGCACUUUGACUGGCUUUACGCCCGCCUGGUCGAGAAGUUCCCUGUCAUCUCCGUGCCGCACAUCCCCGAGAAGCAGGCCACCGGGCGCUUCGAGGAGGACUUCAUCUCCAAGAGGAGGAAGGGCCUCAUAUGGUGGAUGGACCAUAUGACCAGUCACCCUGUGUUGUCCAAAUGCGACGUGUUCCAGCACUUUCUCACCUGCAACAGUACGGACGAGAAGGCCUGGAAGCUGGGCAAGAGGAAAGCUGAGAAAGAUGAGAUGGUGGGCGCCAACUUCUUCCUCACCAUCAGCACCCCCGUUGCGCCUAUGGACCUCCAAGAGGUGGAGAGUAAGAUCGACGGCUUCAAGACCUUCACUAAGCGGAUGGACGAAGGAUCCAUGCAGCUGAACGUCACCGUCAGCGAGUUCGCCCGCAAACAGAUCAGUGGUUUUAAGAAGGAGUACCAGAGAGUGGGCCAGUCCUUUAAGAUCCUCAGCCAAGCCUUUGAGUUGGACCAGCAGCCGUACUCUGUUGGACUUAACCGAGCCAUCUCCAUCACUGGGGAUGCCUAUGAGGCGAUUGGGGACUAUUUUGCUGAGCAGCCCAGCAAAGAUCUUGAUCCAAUCAUGGAUUUGUUAGCACUUUACCAGGGCCACCUGGCAAACUACCCAGACAUCAUCCACGUCCAGAAAGGUGCCCUUACGAAGGUGAAGGAGAGCCAGAAGCACGUGGAGGAGGCAAAGAUGGAGGCCCCACAGGCGGAAGGCAUCAAGGAGCGCUGCAACAUCAUCUCCUUUGCCACCAUGGCGGAGAUCCAGCACUUCCACCAGAUCCGCGUGCGCGACUUCAAGACCCAGAUGCAGCAGUACCUUCAGCAGCAGAUCGGCUUCUUCCAGAAAGUCACGGGCAAGCUGGAGGAAGCCCUGCAGAAGUAUGAUGACGCCUAGUAGGCUGCUGUCGCUGAAGAUGACCCCCCCCCCCCCCCCCCCCCCGCCUCUCCACUUGUGAUGGGGUCGGCACCUCUCUGUCCUCACGAGCGGUGACUGCUUAGCCUCCUGCUAGCCUAGCGCCGCAAUGCUAGGGCGGCUGCUUUUCCGUUCUUUCUUUCUUUCCAGGGAAACGUACGAGGAGUGGACACACUUCCGUUGUUUUGAAAUUAAUAACCACGGAUCCCCGCUGAGUUCAUGGUUGAUUCAGGUUCAACCUCAAGUGAAGAAGAAGAAGAAGAAGAAGAAGAAGACCGAAACAAUCAGAAUGACAGUUCAGAAAAGACAUGGAGCUAACUGCCUCUUCUUCAGAUGUGCUAUUUGGUAAUGUACAUGGUGCUUUUCCAGCUCUUUUUAAUCACUCCAGUGUCCGACUGAUGCUUUUAAAUGACUCAUUUUCCUGAGCAGAAACACCUGGACUGCAUCCAGAAGCGGUGUAAUCCACCAGGGGGUCUUGUGUGCUGCCACGUACACCUGUUCCACACGCGCUGGCCACAAUGAAUGUUUACAGUCCGCCCGAUAGUCCCAGCACCCACUGUCACUACUGUCUCACUGUGCCUUCUCUUUUUUGUUAGCAGGCUGAAGGAUUUUUUUUAUAAAUAUAGAUAUAUAGAUAUAUAUCUAUAUGUAGACUAAUUUUAGCCAGAUUUGUUCUUGUUAAGGUUUUUUCCAGUCUUUCCAGAGGAGGGUAUGUAGAUGGGUGACUCAGCUUCGGGGGUCUUUGGGAGGAGUUACCAUGGGAACCGAUGAAGGAGGACCCCCCCCCCCCACCCCAGGGGAAGCACUAGGCGGCACCACUAAAGCUUUCUCGGUUGUUAGACUGUUCUCUAGCCAGGAAGAGGAUUUCUCGCCUGUUUUCACAUCCACCGAACACACACACAUACAAUUGCACACACUCUUUCUUAAUAAAGCAAAUGUAUGGACAGUUCGGUUCACCUGGAUGGCUGUAUUGUAAUUUAUAUGCUGGUUGCAUAGUAAAGACUUAAGGUAGAAGUGAAGAAAUAAAACAUAUUCUUCAAAUACAGAG